GGGGAGUUAUCAGCGAUCGGUAGCUUUAAUCGAUCAGGUACAAUUACUGUACUGGGGGAUCUCCGUUCAUGGUAACCUCGCUUGCUGUCUCCAGAUUCUUCCGACCCAAAAGGAACAAAAACCCUUUCAACUGUAUGCUUCGGUCUUUCAUCCCCUUCCUUUACCCCUAAAUGAAUCUUUGUCAGUCUCAUUGGUAUCUUAACGCUCGUGUUUUAAUGUAAACCCGGGGCACACGUCGCAGGCUGUUACAUGAGGUCGCCAUCGCAGCCGAAGCACUCCCGCAAUUACGUAAUCCCGGCAGUUCCCGGGGAUCGGGGCCAGGGAUCCGGCUCCGCUCACCGCCGCGUCCCGCACCCGUGCCGAGGCUCGGGUUGGCGCCGGACAGGAGCCGAUCGGGCAGCCGGUGGGGGGGACGGAGCAGUCGCUGGAAAACCCGGAAGGCAUCCGAGCUGGGAACUACGACUCCCGACACACAUCGAAAGGAGAGGGGGGAGAAAAUCACUGCGAGCGCCGAAGGGUAAUGGGAGCGCAGAUUGGAGGGAGGGAACGCGAGAACUCAACAAAGGUCAGCUUUACUUGGACUCCCCUUGGCAUGACUCCUUCCCCCUGGUAUUGUUUUUUCUGACAUCUUGAUUUAGUUAAGUACAGUUGGGAAAGAAGAAACAGCUCAGCAGCUUGGGCCUCCGCCCUGGAAAGCAUCUUUCAGCCCUGUUGCUUUACGCUUGUGCUGGAAUAAACGGACAUUUUCUUUCUCCACCUCCUGGAUGGUGGACCUCGGACGCACGAAAGAGUGCGGUGUACUUUCCGUUGCUAUGACGCAUGAACAUUCGCUUUUCACAGGAAUCAUGGGAACAGGCCAAAAACACUAAAGUACGAUGGCACUUUUGUAAGCAGACUCCACACAUCUGAAAGGCUCUGCGAACUGAAUUUUGUAGCUGGCAGAUGGCCACGUGGUCCUGAAAGUACCAAAACGAUGAGCCCUGAACAUGUGGAAGGACCUAACCUAUCCUUAUUCCCGGCUCGAGUUCAUGGCUCCUCUGACAGUGCGACUAUGAAAAGCCAGUGGGAGUUCUAGGAGGAAAGAAUAAACAGAGCAUUGCCUUUGACCCAUUUUUAAUGUUGACGUCUUCUACUGAUCCUGUUGCAGAUAUUUAAGCACUAAAAUCCUUUUUAGCAUCACCGUCACCCCUGGUGUUGAUGCCGUUCAUCUACGUUCAAUAACCCUCAGCAAAACAUGUAAUUACUUGGGAAUCUGACAUUUACUCUAACUCCUAUGCUCCAUAGCGUUUUGUCGCCUAGUUAAGCAGAUGGGGCAUGUUGAGAUGGUGCUCAACUGCGUAAUCCACUGAAAUCAUUAGCAUUGCACUCUGGCAGCCCGGAAGGGACUGUAAGCUGAAGCAUUCGAAGGCGCUGGACGCAGUGGACAGGCCCUGCACUCCAAGCACCAUGUGUGUCCCCAGCCCACUGCAUUUGAUGGCUACUGGCAUGGAGCUUGGGCUUUAGAAGGCGGCUGACAUUACAGUCCCAGGCCAUGGAAGGGGACCAUUCCAUCACAGCACAGCCACAGAGAGCAAACGGAUCCGUCCCGGAAGGCCUCCGCAAAGACCGUGCCAAUGGUGGUGCUGCCCUCAAGUCCUUGCCGAUUUGGAGUCUGAAGCAGAAUGGUAUCCUGCAGUCUCUGGCAGCAGGCGGGGAGCAGAGGAAGACGGAAGAAGAGAGUGCCGAGGUCCAGCAGGCCCGCGAGCAGUGGGACGCGCUCGAGAGAAUCCAGCCGGUUCUACCCGAGGACCUGACUCCCACCCCUCUCAUUUCCUUCAAUGAGGCUCUGCAGCACUUCCAGACCACAGACCUGUCUGAGCUCCUGAGAAACAUCCAGCCCACCCUGCACCGGACCGGCUUGGCUGCCAUCGCGCACUUUCUGUUUGGGCCGCCCCGGCUGCAUCGAGAGCUCAUAGAGGAGAGGAACCUCGUGUUUGCCAUUGCCCAGUGCUCUCUGGACAAUGGCCAGAAGGUGCACACACGGGUCCUACAGACCAUCUACAAACGACUGACGGGCACUCGGCUGGACUGCCCCCGCUACGGCCCACACUGGGAGACGGUGGGCUUCCAGGGCACAGACCCUGCUACAGACCUGAGAGGGACUGGCUUCUUGGGCUUGAUGCAUACCUUAUACCUGGUGAUGGACCCCGACACACUGCCCCUGGCCCUCGACAUCUACAAGCUGUCCCAGCAUCCCGUCCAGAACUUUCCCUUCGUCGUGAUGUCCAUCAACAUGACCCGCAUUGCGCUCCAUGCACUGCGGGAGGAGGUUCUGUCCAAGGAAUGUAACCGCAGGCAGCAGGUGGUGGGUGUGCUGAAUGAGUUCUACGUGGCCACGUUUCUGCACCUUUUUCAGGUGUGGAAAUUCCAGCAGAAGACCAUCUCAGACUCAGGCUUUGUGUUGAAAGAAGUGGAGACCUUCGCCAAAAAGAACCCCAAGCAGAUCCUAAAGCGCCUGGAGGCUUUCCUUAAAGAGACACGCACCGGGAGUGGAGCGAGCGUGUCACCCGACACCCCGUCCAAUCAUGCUUCCCCGGGGGAAGGAGGGAUUGGCCUUGCUGCUCCGGGGGCCAGGGAGAAGGAGAUGAACUUCACCGGGGUGUGUGAGCUGCCUCCAGAGAUGGAGGGAGAGGCAAGGCUGAUCUGAAAGAAGUGGAAAGAAGGAAGUCCUGCCCCAGGAGGAGGUGGAUGCAGCCAUUGGCGUGUGCCCCUGAACGCCGAUUCAGGAGCAGCUCGUUAGGCUCUAAACCUAACACAACCUUUUUGUACAACUGAUCCCGGGUCAGCUGGGGGCAUCAUCUGCUUACAUUAAAUCUUCCUCAUGGUUGCAGUCCAUUCAGCCGGCACUAACUCUGAGUGUAGUUUCCUCUGUAUGCAUCAGGGCCGGGCUCUGUUUUCACUUGUUACUGGAUGGUUUUAGUUACACAUCGCUACCUUCUGCUGUCCAGUCUCGCCUCCCUCAUUACACUAUUGUCCAGUUGUAUCUUUGUCACUGCAGUACUGUCCAGUCAUAAGCGUGACAUUCCACCGCUGUCUAAUUGCAUGGCACAUUUUAUACAGCUGUUUGCAUAGUGUAAACCAGGUGUGCCCAAACUUUGGUAGGGUGGUUUUCUUGAGUACAGUGGAUCUUAAGUCAAAUUUGCAUGUUUUUCUGCCUUUUUCCCCAUUGUUAACUAGAGGAGGUGAUAUUGUAAAUGUACUUCCUCAAAGGUGAUUUCUUUUCAAGGAAAUUUGCCUACUAAAAUAGGUCAAAUACAACCUCGAGACCAUUGUUUGGGUGCCCCUGUUUUAGUGCCUGAUAAAGAGUUUAACUCCCUCGUGUGGUCGUCUAAAUGGUAGUGCUUCUUGUACUCGGCACGCUAACAUUUCUCUUAAAUACCAGGCAGAAAUUGGUGUGUUUAGUAGCUGUUGUAAGUUAUUGUCCAAGACACACCUGGAAAAUAUUACAGAUAUAGAAGAACCCUCUUAAAAUCCCGGCAACUGUAUGCAAAGAAACUGGAUUAUUGGGUCGCUGUAACUUUGUAAGUGUUAGAUUGAUGGCAGGUGGUUUUUGAUGGUUUUUAGAAGAGCGUGAUCUUAGCUGAUAGGCUCACCUGCAACAAAAAAAGCCAAACCCCGAUACGCACGGGACGCAAAGUCUGCAUUUGCGGCAGAGACCAUUGUUUGGGACAGCCUCUCCUUCGGUUUUCCAAAACAGGCACGACCUUUAUGUACGGCGCUGGCAGUGAAUGAGAUCCUACGCUCAUGGGGAUCUCUGAGAGGAUUUGGGCCCCAGGACAGGAAGAGGUAAUGUGUAUCCAGAGAAUGAUGGAGCUCUGAGCUGGCUGUUUGGAGUCAAGGCAGGCAAAACCGUGAGCGGAUCAGUCUGUGAAUGUUAAGUGUCUGGGGGGAAGGAGCGGCUCCUGAGUACAAAUAGCUUAUCCCAGUUAUCCUGGGGAAAGAAAACGAGGUCCUCCUUUCUCAUAGACCACUUCUGAAUUUUGAAAUGGUUGAGUCUCCCCCCUUCUGUCGCGGCUUGCCGUAUGAGCUUUCCUGAAAUCCACGGCUGGUAAAUUGCGGCCGACUGUGCGGUGCAGUUUGACGGGGCAUAGACGUGAGUGCCAGAGGCGGCCUGAGGAGAUGGCUGGUGUGAUUUCUACAGGAAACUAGGGCACUUCCAAAUGAAGCUCAGCCCGUGGGGGAAUUUGCUUCAUUUCUUAUUUCCUUUUAGGAAGUGCCCCGCUUCCUGUUUAUGUAAUGUCAUCUGAACCAAUCACAAACUAAUUGAUAGAAAGCCUCCAUCCUGUGGCUUUCUGGGGGUGGUGGUCGCUUUUGUCAGCUUUUCCCUUGCUCUCUACUAGGUUCCUUUAUAUUGUUUUUUUUUCUUAUUAUAUUAUAUGCAGAGCCCCCAGUUUUGGGGGGAUAUAUUUUUGGUAAAUGUGAAUUUAUUUUUGGGUUUUGCAAUGGGGAUACUUUUUAAGCUGGGUUGCACCUCCAGGCCUGACAGUCUAUAAACGGAGACUGAAAUUUAUCAUCAAUGAAUUCCCGCUAUAGUGCUCGCAAUUUCCCCAGGACUGUUGGAGAUGAUCGACCCAUAGCAGGCUGAAUAUCUAAAAGGUGGGAUGACUAUAAUCACAAACACGCUACGCCAUGGCACAACUCGGUGCUUCUCAUUUUGGAAAAAAAAUCAGCGAUUGUGCUGGGAUCUGAUGUUGACUUUCUGAACACAUUCCGAUAAUGGGCACGACUCCAUUUUGUGACCAAUGCAGGGUAUGAGCAAGUAUCAAGGAAAUCUUGGUGAUGCUGUGGACUGAAACUUUUAUUUUCUUUUGAAAGUGAUGUGUGGAAAUGAUGCUGGGCACCUUUCAAUGCUUUAGUAAGUUUCAGUGAGACGGAUGUGAAUUCUAGGGUAUACAAAUUCAUUAAGCUUAGGACAGGAUAGCUUGUUUUAUGAAAGAGAAAGCAAUACAUGUGUCAGUCCGUUCUGUAUAAUACUGCAAGUGAAGUUGUGGACUGUAGUUAAGGUAUUUCACCGCUAGAGUCCAGUACUCCUUUUAAAGUUGUUUAAUUUAAACAGCAAUCACUUUUUGGUAGCAUGUUAGGUAGCUCUAGAAUUGUAGCAUCUAAUAUCGUUGUUUUGUUCCUUGUGAAGCUUGUUAUAUAACUGAAAUGGUUAUGUUUACUCAGUUACGAAGUCUUAGUGUAAACGUACAGCUUGCAGUGCAGUUCAUUCUGUGAUUUCCCUUUCCUCAUAACAUCUAGUACCACAGCUGUAGGUGUAGCCAGGUGAACCAUGCUAACCACAUGACAUGUCAUAUUGUUGAACUGUACUCUGUCCAGUUUCUUGUGAGUUAGGGUAAUUCUGAAAGGAGAACCGUAUAGGAUUUAUGAAAAGGUGCAGGAUUCCUCUCCUUUUACCGUGGACGAUGGUUGUAUGAAAUUCUUCACAAAACCCCAGUAAGCUGGGCUGUAAUCUUCACAGGGCCUGUUAAAACUCAGGAGGUUUUAUAGAUUGGAGCACACUGGCCUUCCAGUUUAACUGGGGCACUUAGGGCAGAACACCUCACGGUGUGGUUAAAAGCAGAUGUAAACAUAUCGAUGACCACCAUGCUCACGAAUACUGUUUUUAUUCAGGUAUCUAUUAACAGCUUCCCACCCCUCACAGAUUCUGAAAGGACUUGGCUUGACUGUGGGACACAGCGUAGGACCGCUGGGGAUUACCCCAGAGGAGCAUGUUGACAGUGCCUGAGUGUCAUUGGGGACCAAGUCCGUACUGCCCCCUCCUUUAAUGUAGCCCAUCUGUAUGAGAGAGAGAGAUGGCCGUCGCUAUUGGUAUCCGCUCAGCUUCGAGUGCCGCGUCGCAAUGGCAGUUGAAUGUUUUUCGCCAGUAGUUAGUGUUAUAGCCUUGGGAUGUGGCAGCAGUGCAGGGGCUUCAUUUAAUAUGAAAAGGUGGAAGUUUGUACAUAGAGAAUAAAUAUUGAUUGUAAGAGUUUGAAUGUUACAUGGGCAUUAUAUUGAAGUACAUUGCUUACCUCAGACUUGAGCCAAAUCUCUCUCUUCCUCUUACACUAGGUGAGUAAUGAGUAGGUUCUUGCAUACUACUGCAUUAGAGCACGACUUGUAUCACAUCUCAAUUAUUUAACUAUGUAUAUCGGGUAUAUAAUGUCCAUUCCACACUAACCAUAUUUUUAUGGGCAAGAAGAUAAACACACGUUUUAAGAGCCACAACUGAGAAAAUACGCAUUGUUAUGAAUUGUUUGAUUUGAGCCACACGGAGAGCAUUUCACAAUCUUGGGUAAGACAAUUAUAGCAGAAGCCUAAAUAAGGUGAUAUUGUUGUUCCAGGACACAUGCUUUGUUUGCUUAAUUAUUUUGAAUUUUUUUUUCUUUUUAUUUUUUAACUAAAUUAAGAAAAUCUCAAACAAUCCACUUAAGGGUGCUUAUUUUAGAAGGCACAAUAAUUAGGAUGUGUGGGGUUAUCUGUUGACCAAAAACAAGCUGCAAGUGAGCAUUUGAAAUGUCCUGUACUUGGAGAUAUUUGGGAAAGUCAAAUCUGAAUUUCAAAUCUGAAUGAAAAGGUCACACUUCUCAAAUUUUGGUUUUAUGUCCGUACCAAAUAUUUGGUUCAUUCCAAAUAUUGGUCUUCUGUAUAGUAAGUUUCUGCUUGCUAAAUUAAAACAAGAAAACUGCUUUCCUGAAUCUCUGGCUUUUUAUUUCUGAAGUUGUUUUUCACCAAUAGAGUAUGGAUUUUCUGUAUGGAUGGUAGAGCCCUAUUUUAUAAUGAGAGUUAUUUCAGAAUAUAUGCAGUUGUACAGUAAUGCAUUGUAUGGAGAAACAUAAAUUUCAUUUGAAACUCA